GCCUCUGCCCCCGCCCAGCCUCUCUGCCCUUCGCCAUCCUGACGCUGGCGAAUGCCCCCUACAAGCGGGGCUUCUACUGCCGAGAUGACUCCAUCCGCUACCCCUACCGUCCAGACACCAUCACCCAUGGGCUCAUGGCCGGCGUCACCAUCACGGCCACCGUCAUCCUUGUCUCGGCGGGGGAGGCCUACCUGGUGUACACCGACCGCCUGUACUCCCGCUCCGACUUCAACAACUACGUGGCUGCCGUGUACAAGGUGCUGGGGACCUUCCUCUUCGGGGCCGCCGUGAGUCAGUCGCUGACAGACCUGGCCAAGUACACGAUUGGCCGGCUGCGGCCCAACUUCCUGGCCGUCUGUGACCCCGACUGGCGCAGGGUCAACUGUUCCCUCUACGUGCAGCUGGAGAAGGUGUGCAGGGGAAACCCUGCCGACGUCACCGAGGCCAGGUGGGUGGGGACGGGCGGCCUUGGCCCUGGGGGCUGCCGGGGCAGCCUGAGCCAGCCAC